AACCUUAUUCACCAAAUCACGCGGCUGCCAACAGUUGCCCACAACCCAUCCCCCACCACCUCCAAUCCUUGCGCCCCAGGCCCAAACCACUGCCCGCCACAACAUUUCUUUCGUGGGUGAUCUGUCUCCCUUACCCUCCUCCCACCAUCUCUUUCUCGCAGGAUCCAGAACCCCACAGAGAUUGACAAGAAACCCAAAAUCGCCCUCACUUUUGGAGAUUCGAAUGGACACGACCACCGACGAGCGAAACAGAGGAACGAAGACUAUAACCCAGACCUGAGUUGUUAGAUCUGGAAUUCAGGAGCUAAAACAAAGCGGUGGGGAGGUUUUUUCAUCACCGGCGACGACGAUAGAAUUCUCGCACUAGUGUGGCGAAGAGAUUUUGAUGGGCUGAAGGCUGAGGCCGGCGAGGUGAAGAUACAUAAGCCAAAGAAUAAUGCUUGCAGUGAUUCUCGAUUUGGGAAGCGGCCAUGGAAGAGAGUUGAUGCUGCAUAUCCUGAAAGGAAGAAACCUUGUCCAAGCUAUGAAAGGAACCCUGAAACAGAGAAAUCACUCAAACCCAGAAAAGGUUUAUAGAGGAAACGAGGAGCUCCAACAAAGGCAAAGUCCAGAAAAGGCCAUUCUUCUGGCAACAACACUCCUCCAGGUUUGGCUGAUUCCUUCCAAACCGUUUACAACAAGCACAUGGAACGUUCUACUUAUAUGGUACAAGUUCUGAAGUUCAUUUCCUGCACUAGUUUCAUAACCCUGGUUUUUUCAAUAAUCAAAACAUUAACACUCUACUGUCGUUCUUUUUGGCCCAUAUGAUGUGCAUGGCGGUGAGAUUUUCUGAAGCCACGAAGUUGUCACUGAAGAAAACUGUUCAACUUCAGGACCCAAUUGGGAAAUGUGGACAAUUUCUGUAAUCUCGGUAGGGAAGGGGCUUCAGAGACGGUUCAGUAAUGGGUGGCGUGCCUUGGCUGCUGCGAACGACGUGGCUGUCGGAGACAAAAUUGAGUUCAGUUACAGGCCUGAAUCGGGUUUGAUCCAGGUGAAGAUACACGAAGAAAGGUGUGAUGUUGACAACGUUCCUGAAGUUGGGAGGAAACAGCCAUGGAAGAGAAGUGGAUUUUGUCGAUCUAGAAAGGAUCGCAGUGGUUGAUUGAAAAAAAAGGUGACUUCACUAUUCUAGUGAUUGGUUUAACCUGGAAACUAAUUGUACUCUUAUGGGAUUUUCAAGAGACCAAUGUUGUUUAGGAUUAAACUUACUACCUUCUUGUUUGUGGCUCAUGGUGGGUACUGAUGAAAGAUGUUAUAUGCCCUUGGAGUUGUCUUACAUAUGAUGGAUUGUAAUGAUAUCUUGUGAACAUGGUGUAUGGAUGACAUGGAUUGGAGUUCAGUAGAGGAAGCAAAUAUCUUUUGGGUGUAAUUCUGCAGACUGCUGUCAUAGCUUUCAUGAUUCGGGUGUGUUGUAGAGUAUGUUAUCAUAUGAUAGUAGAACUUGUUUGG